AUGCUCCAGAAGUUGCUCGAGGGGUCCAACCAUGUCGUGGACCUGAUCAAGUGCAGGAACUGCGGGGAGCUCCUGUUCAAGUACCACUUCGCGAAGACGAGCGACCAGAUGCUCCUCCAGUGUGUUCGCUCCCGGCAGUAUAUCCACCGCCUGGAGACCACGGGUGCGGCCCAGCCCGCGGCGCCCAUGAUGAACCAGUCGAGCUCCUCGGACAGCGAGGCCACGGCGACGACAACGGCGCCGACGUCAAUGCCUCCACCGAGCCCUCCAGGGGCCACCAAGAAGUUGCCGGAGCGCCUGUCGGCCGAGGUCAUUCGGAAGCUCACGGACACGGAGGCGCAGCAGAUCAUCGAGAGCGAGAGGAUCAAGAUCCGCCAGGAGGAGCAGCAGCGCCUCGCGAAGGAGAUCCUCCAGAAGGGCCUCAUCGACACGCCGACGGACCCGACGGAGGUGGACGACAGGGCCAGGCCGAGCAAGAGGCUGGGCGUCAGCCAGAUGCCCAAGGCCAGCCGGAGACUUUCAUCUCGUGUGAAGAGCUGUGUACUCGGAGCGCUGAUCGCGGCGACGGCGGCUCUGGGAGAGAUGCCGGGCACCGCCUGGGAGGCAGCCGAGACCUAUGGCAAGCUGGACCUCGCAGAAGUGGCCUGUGUGUCCGACUCCAGGCUCACGCACGCGAUGAUCGAGCAAGGAGGCAAGGCCGAGAGAUUCAGCAACUGGAACGGGUAUGACUUCUCCACCAGGUCUGGUGCAGAGAAGCUCGUGAAGGCUUUGCGGGUCAAGAGGCCUCGAAGAGUUUGGUUUUCCCCACCGUGCGGAGCAGAGUGCCCAUGGCAGAAUCUGAACCCCGUAACGGCGGAGUCGGAGAAGAAGCUGAUCAAGACCAGACGUAUCCAGAGGAACGUCAAAUGGGCUAUCGGUCAGCUGCUGAACGAGGGUUUCUGUGACAUAUACCUCGAGCAGUCGGGGCGCUGCAGGUCUUGGACAGGCAACUUCAAGGAGCUCAAGGAGUCCAUGCAUGGCUGCAGGAUUCACGGGUGCAUGUACGAUAUGAGAGACGAGCAGAGCGGUCUCCUCAUACGCAAGGACUGGCACAUCGCGACCACUGACCCGCAGUUUGAGAAGAAGGUUGGGAGGACCUGCCCAGACUUGCAUCUGCAUAUGCCGCUGGAAGGCGGCACGAGGGUGGCACUGUCAGCGAAUUAUCCCGUGAACCUGUGCCGGAGGAUCGCCCAGCACUUCAUGACCAGGGCCACCUCGGACGAGGCCCUCGCCUAUCUGGUGCAGGCCCACAACGAGUUGGACGACGAGCUGUGCGCAGCGGGCUACAGGCGCUUGCGGGAGAAGCGGCCCGCCUCUGAAGGGCCACCACCGCCGCCGCCGAAGCGCCCAACGCUGGAGCCCACAGCUCCCGAGAGUCAAGGAGAAAGCGCAGGCGGUCAAGUACCGGCUCCUGAUCCUGACGAAACUGGAGAUGCUCAAGUCCCUCCAGAAGGCGAGGCGCCCCCGCCGACGCCCGAGUCGGGAGGUCAAGAGCAGUCGGUGGGCAAUCUCAGACUGCCACUGCCAAGGAGUGUCCAGAACUGUACCAAGGCAGAGUUGCGCGAGCUGGAGGCCAUCAUCGCACACAUCCAUCGGAAUUUCGGACACUGCAGUGUGAGCACGGUCAGCGCCGCCCUCAAGUCUCGCAAGGCGGACCAGAAGCUCAUCGACCUUUGCAGCCACUACGAGUGUCCGGCCUGUAAGGCAGCUCAAAGGUUUCAGAUGCGACCUAUUGCCAGCUCAGAACCAACAUUACCCGCUCCUGGUACUGAAAUGGGUUGCGACAACUUCUAUUGGACACAUCCUCGACGAGCCUACCAAGUUCGCGGAUACCUCUGUGCAGAUUAUGGCAGCCGUUUUACCCAGACAUCGAUUCACUGUCAGAAGGGUGUCGAGGAGCAUUGCGGCAACACCACCGCGAAGGAGAUGAAGGAGGGAGUGCUGAAGGACUGGAUCCACCACUACGGCAAGCCGGAGGUCUUCAGGACAGAUCCCGAAGGUUGCUUCAAGCAGGUCGAGCAGCGCGCCUGGGUCUCGGGUAACGGCAUGGAGUGGAGACCAGAACCCGGAGAAGCUCACUGGCGAAUGGGAGUGAUCGAAAGAUGUAUCGAGACAAUCAAGGAGAUCGCCACUCGCCUCGCCUGGGAGCUACCAGACGACACCGAGCCCGCGGACAUCUGUCGCUGGGCUUGCGUGGCCAACAACGACCUGAUGCGACACCAAGGCUACAGCCCGAUGAUGCUCAUGAUGGGCCGUACCCCGUCGGGGCAGGGCUUGGAACAAGUGGAGAAUCCUUCAGUCCUGAGCGCAAAUGUGGUGGACAAGCAUUUUCAGGAGGUCACGCGCAUCAAGGCGGCUGCUUACAAGGCGUGCGUGGACCACUACCUGUCGGAGAAGACGAAGCGCGCUCUGCUGGCCAAGACGAGGCCGUUCAAGACAUGGGAGUCUGGUGACAAGGCACACUACUGGCGAGGUGCGAAAGGUAACAGCCACAAGACUCGGCCAGGUAUCGCUGGUCGAUUUCACGGCCCCGCCACUGUCUUGAUGCAGGAGCGCGAGAUGAAGAACGGAGUUGCGGUGCGACGAAGAGUUGUCUGGCUUGUUGACGGUGACCGUCUCGUACGAGCAGCGGCCGCUCACCUCCGCACGACUACGAAAGCGGAGCAGACCCUGGAGAGCAUCUCCGCAGGGAGCUCCGACCACUUCAAGAAGAUUCUGCAGUUGUUGACGAAGGGUGCUUACGAUGAUGUGGUGGAUCAGCCUGGUCCGGGAGAAUGGGACGAGAUUCCAGAAGGAGAGAAGGGUGAAGUACCGGACCCACCCAGGACGACAACUCCAAGAAGUCCAGCAUUUCCUCAACCUGACGAUCACGAAGGUGAAGCGGGGUCGGGCUCGAGUGACCACGAAGGGGCCACGCCUGAGGCCACACCGCCUCCGAUGCCCGCACAGAAUCCAGCUGAACCAGCACCGACGCCGACCAGCGACCAGAUCGACGAGAGCGAACCACCACCAGAAGGUUACAACAAGCGGGAAGCCAGCCAGGAACCUCCUGGAGAUCCAGAACCCAAGAGACAUCGCGCCGACUUUGCAGGAUACUUGAGCCAUCUGUGCCAGAAAGUACCGACACUUGUCAUGCCCGAGCUCGGUCGUGCCGAGCCCGAGUCUGAGGGCAGUGCGAGUUGGAUCUCACCCUGGGAGUAUGAUCAGAAGACGAAGGCUUCCGACCUGGUGGGCUUCGUGGGCGAGGACGAGCCGAACCUCGCGAUCAUGAUCGGCUUCGCGCUGGAGGAGUCGGAUGUGGAUCAACUCAGCCGGAGGCCUGACAAGGCCCUCGCCGCGAUGGUCAAGCAGAACAAGGUCGAGGUGAAGCUCAAGAACCUUACGGCAGAGGACCGUGAGAAGCUCCCGAUCGCGAAGGGUAACGAGAUCAAGUCUUUCCUCAAGUAUCGAGUCUGCGAGGCAGCCAGUCGUGCAGGAGUACACCCUGGAGCCCUGAUGAAGAUGAGAUGGGUCAUUACAAGGAAAGAGACGGGCGACCUUAAGGCUUUCCUGGGCGUCUCCGCCUCGAUGGGCUUUCAGGUCUUCAAGGGUGACGUCAAGGCAGCUUUCCUACAAGGUCUGGCCGUAGCCCACGUGGACGACUUCAUGAUCGCGAUUGACCAGCACUCGGACUUUGCAGUGGACGCCCUCCAGCAGCUCCAUCGAGCCUAUGAGUGGGGAAGCUGGGAGACUCAAGAUUUUGUUCAGUGCGGGACGCGAAUUCGACAAGAAUAUGAUGGACGCACGAAGUCAUGGGGCCAUAUCCAUCUUAACAUGACUGACUACGCCCAGGAGCUCAUGGAGAUAGAUAUUCCCGCACAUCGACGUCGUGAUCCUGAGCAGCCGGUGACAUCGUCAGAAGCUACCCGUCUACGAGCCGCCUUCGGUCAGCUCAUGUGGUUAGCUACGCAGGGCGUGCCCCUCAUCGGGGCAGAGCUGUCACUGCUGCUGGCUUACAGUAAUUCCGCCACGGUGAAUACUCUCCUGCAGGCCAACAAGCUCAUCAGGCGCACCAAGUUCGAGGCGACCAAAGAGCUCAUCAUGGAGAAGCACGCGAAUCCGUGUGUGGUCGGCUAUUCGGACGCAGCCUGGAAUGUUCGACGUGAUGGUUCUUCACAGGGUGGUUUCUUGAUCUUUCUGACUGACUAUACCUUGAUGCAGAACCGAGAGGCGCCGAUCUCUCUGCUGGCUUGGGCAUCUGCGAAGUUGCCGAGAGUGUGUCGGAGCUCGAGCGCGGCCGAGGUACAAGCCGCCAGUGAAGCUCAAGAGGAGCUGGAGUUUUGUAGGCUGCUGCUGAGCGAGAUCCUGCUGGGACCCGCGCCUCUUAAGCAAUGGACUUCAAGCUGUGCGAAGAUUCCUGGCGCCCUGGUCCUGGACUGCCGCGGCGUGUUCGAUGCUCUGGAUCGGUCCGAGAGCAGCGCCCUCGGCAUGAAAGACAAGAGGAGCGCGCUGGAGGCCCUGGUCCUCAAGCGCGGCAUGGUCGCCACAUCCACAUCCCUGAGGUGGUGUCACAGCGGUGCGCAGCUGAGCGAUUGUAUGACCAAGAACUCGGAGAAGGCUCGCGCCAGCUACAACCUUUGGCAGCAGCGAGGCACCUGGAAGUUGAUAUACGACGCUAAUUUUAUUUCCGAGAAGCAGAGAAGACAGCGAGGACUGCAGACACUAGACCAGGCCACAUAUUUCGCAGUUGAUGACGACGAUGCCUGGCAGUUGUACCCGGAGGAUUUGGAGAUCGAG